UACAGAUGUUGGGUAUGUGAUUCUAUCCUCUAACACCUGAUUUUAAAAUUAGCAUAAUUUGCAUAACGUUUAAAAUUAUUAUCAAUCAUUUUCAUACCAAGGGUAUAAUUAUGAAAAAAAUUAUAUCGACAGUAAAUGCCCCUAAACCUAUAGCACCCUAUGAACAAGGUGUGAUUGUAGAUAACAAGAUUUACCUUUCUGGUCAAAUAGGUAUUGAUCCCAAAACCUCAGAAUUAGUAUUAGGUGGAAUUGAUAUGGAAACUAAACAAGUUAUGAAAAAUAUUAAAGCAAUUUUGGAAGAAGCUAAUUCAGAUAUGAACAAUAUAAUUAAAGCAACUAUUAUGCUUGCAAAUAUAAAUGAUAUGGGUAAAGUUAAUGAAAUAUAUCAAUCAUAUUUUCAAAAAGGUGCAUACCCUGCUAGAUCUGCUUUUCAAGUGGCAGCUUUACCAAAACAAGCUUUAAUUGAAAUAGAAAUAAUAGCAAUAUCAAAAUAAUAGAAUUAUGUUUAAAUAAUAUUCAUUUAUGUUUAUAAUAAAUUAUAUACAUAUAUUAAAUUUAUAAAAAAUCAUCAUCAUCUUGUGUCAAAGCAAGUAAUAUAUUUUCAGGAAUAUAAUCUGAUAUUGAU